AUGGGGUUUGCGGAUCAAUGGGUGAAUCUCAUCAUGAUGUGUGUGCGUACGGUGAAGUAUGCGGUGCUUGUAAAUGGGAACCCGGUGGGUAGUAUUUCCCCCUCAAGGGGGAUCCGUCAAGGGGACCCAAUAUCGCCUUAUCUAUUUUUGAUCUGUGCGGAGGUUCUCAAUUCUCUAUUGAUACAGGCAGAUCGGGAUGGUACUAUGGAAGGAGUCCCCACUUCAAGGAGGGGACCUCGAUUAAAUCACCUAUUUUUCGCAGAUGACAGUUUACUUUUUUGCAGGGCUAGUUUAGAGCAUUGGAAAAGGCUAUCUGAUAUAUUGCAAAUUUAUGAGUCAGCCUCAGGCCAACGCCUCAACCGUUCCAAAACGGCCAUAUUCUUCAGCCGCAACACAUCUAGAGAAAUAAAUGAGCAAAUCUUGGUGGUUUCGGGACUACCCUCUUCACAGCGACAUGACACUUAUCUUGGAUUGCCCGCUCUCAUCGGAAAAUCCCGGAUUGGCGCUUUUCGAAAUAUAAAGGAGAGGGUAUGGAGAAGAAGGCUUCAAGAUUGGAAAUUAAAGUUUCUUUCCCAAGCAGGAAAAGAGAUACUGUUGAAGGCUGUCAUCCAGGCAAUACCGACCUAUAGUAUGGGAGUCUUUCUUCUUCCCAAAGCACUUUGCUCAGAGAUUAAUUCUUUAAUGCUUAAAUUUUGGUGGGGCCACCACGCCAAGGAUUCCGGGAUUCCUUGGAUGAGCUGGAGUCAGAUGGGUUUUCCGAAGAGAAAGGGAGGCAGAUUGGGAAAUAAACCAUCCUACGCUUGGCGAAGCAUAUCCAAAGCUAGAGAGUUGGUGUCGGAGGGACUGUUGUGGAGAAUUGGUAAUGGAGAAAGUACUCCCAUUUGGGGGGCAAAGUGGAUUUCCUGUCCGUCCACUUAUUGUGUGCAAUCUCCCCAAAGGGUUUUGGCAGAAAAUGCUGUGGUUAGAGAUCUUAUUGACCAAGACUCUUUGUGGUGGAAUCAAUCUCUUUUAGAGGAAAUAUUUACGAGGGAUGAAAUUCAGGCCAUCAUUUCAAUCCCUAUUAGUGCAACCAAUCAGCCGGAUACUCAGAUGUGGAGGGGAACCCCGCAAGGAAUCUUUUUGGUUCGCAGCGCUUAUCAUUUGGCUAAAGAAAUGGAGUCUCGUGGCCAAGCUGAAAGUUCUAAAAGGGAAGCAGAAAGUGAUAUUUGGGCAGGGAUAUGGAAGUCAGUACUUCCUAAUGCAGUGAAGAAUUUUAUGUGGAGGGCCUGCCAAAAUAUACUACCCACAAAGGAAAAUUUAUGUAGGAGAAAGAUAUCGAAAGAUCCUUGGUGUCCUAUUUGCAACUUAGAAGUGGAGACCACAACCCACAUUCUGUGGAGCUGCAAUUCUGCCCAAGAUGCCUGGGGAGUCAGUGAUCGUAUAUUCCAGAAGAAAUGCAGUGUGGAAGGAGAAUUCCGUGAUUUGGCCGAAUACUUCUUGCAAAGUAAGGUAGACAAUGCAUUUGAAACUUUUGCACUGAUAGCCAGGAAUAGCUGGUUUAGGCAUAAUGAAUGGAUUCACGAGGGCCUCUUCACCCACCCAACUGAUCUUGCAAGCCGCGCAUCACGUUCCCUGCAGGAGUUCAAAGAGGCGAACGUUAAAGAUGGCUGUGGUGUAUUGCGUGGUCAAGAACAAGGUCUGAAAUGGGAAAAACCGAUUGAGGGCUUUUACAAAGCCAAUUGCGAUGCUUCAGUGGACAGAAUAAAUGGGAGAUUGGGUUUGGGUGUCAUUAUCAGAGAUCACAUGGGGACUGUAAUAGCUGCACGGAGUAUUACAAAAAGGGGAUUUUUGGAUCCCACAUCAGCUGAAAUUUUAGCCAUGCAUCAAGGAGCAAUGCUGUGCAAGGAGUUGGGCUUACAAAAAGUUAGAAUGGAAGGAGAUGCCCAAGUGGUUGUUACUGCUUUUCAAAAUGAAGACAAGUUGGACUGUAGAUGGGGUCACCUUAUUGCAGAUGUGCGUUCUACACUCCAAUAUGCUCAGAGUUGGAGUGUCAGCCAUUUACGUAGGCAACGAAACGAAGCGGCACACAGUCUAGCUAAAACAGCUACCCACGAUGUUAUAGAUAGAACAUGGACGAUGUCCAUUCCAGAGUGUAUUUGUAACAUUGUUUUGACAGAGCUUAGCCUCUAG